AUGGAUAAAAUUAUUAUAGCUGAAGAACGUUAUGGACGAGCACAAAAUCAUUUUGAAGAUGAUGAUCUUAUCGAUCGAUUUAACAAUCGAUAUACAGUUAUGGGUUUGGUUAUAUGUAUUUUUAUUAUUACAGGAACUCAAUAUGUUGGUGACCCAAUCAACUGUUGGACGCCGGCUGAAUUCGAAGAUCCACAUAAUAUUUAUGCAAACAGUAUAUGUUGGUUGAAGGGAUCAUACUAUCUACCAACAGAAGAAAGUAUGGGCUUACAAGUAUAGUUAAAAAAAUAUCAGAUUUUUAAGAAAAAAAAGUUUGAAAUAUUGAAAUAACCCAGGGCAUGAACUGAUACGUCAAGAUCAGCCUCUGAUUCUUAUCUGAUCUUACUUCAAGAUCCAUUAUGAUCAGACCUGAUCAUACAAAAAGUCGUACUAAAAAUCGUCGUCUCGGAUUUCUUACAGUAAGACUAACAAACAGAUCCAUCAAGAUCCGCUACCAUGAUCUUGUAUCAUCAUAUAAGAUUCAUAUAGUAAGAUAACUAUAGAUUCAUUUAAAGAAGCUCAUGAAUCAGAUCCCACAUCACAACAUGUAUAAUAUAGUGACAGUCCAUCUUAUAUUUCAUAAAAAAGAUGUUUUAUUUCUAAAGCAAAUCCAUCUGCUAAAUAUCGAGUUGCUAUUGCCAAGCCGCAAAAAGUAUUAGACAAAGCAAAAACUAUAGAAUAAGAAGAAGAAUGGAAAACCACAUUUGUGCAAAGAAACAGAAUCAAGCAACAACUAAUAAAAAAAGAAACAGACUAAAUAAAGUUUUCUUUGCUUUCAAAUCUCCACAAAAUAGAACUAAUGUAUAUAUGUAGGAGUUAUUCAACUACAUCAUAAACUUCAUAACGUCUCACAGAAAAGGUUUUAAAGAGCUUCCUUGUUUAACAGUUCCUGCUUAUUUACAAAGAAAAUAUAUAUGGAUAUACAUAUAGGAACUGAAAUUUUUUAGUCUUC